GCAGCAGAACCUCCCCCGCACCCUGCGGGCCUCCCGCCGCUCGCAGCUCGCCGCCCGCCUCUCGGCACCGACUCCGUCUGCCCUGCCAUCUCCGGGUGGCCACCGCGACAGGCCCUCCCUGGCCACCUCCUCUGGCCAUUUUGUCUUGAAGGAGACUGUCUGUUUGUCUCUGAGAUUUGACAGGGUCUCAGGCUUUUUUUUUCCUUCUGUUCUUCCAUUCUUUCUAUUCUCCCUCCCCAGUCUUCUCCUUUUGUCUCUGAUGUGGUCUUCUGUGUCACCAAUUCUUUCCUUGGGAGGGGGCCUUAAACCUGAGUGGGUGGGGGAGCAGAAGGGCUGCAGGUGACUGUAGUGGUGGGCAGCUGUGGGGCUCCAGCUGUGUCCCUGGCAUCUAUUCCCGUAGCCUUUGACUUGGCAUCAACCUCUCUUACUAGCCCAAGGGAUACCCCAGGCCUCACUCUUUCCCUCACGCUAGAUAUCGUUUUCUUGUUUGUCGGGGAAUUUCAGAAAGCUAGGGAAAGAAACAGCGGCUAGCCCUGGACAAACGUAGUCACACCUCUGCACCCCAGCAGAGAGGCCCUUUAGUGCCCACUUGAUAACGAACAAAAGGAGGCAGCCUGUUGAUGGGCCGCCACAUUGAUGGCUGGCUGCGUUGCACCUUACAAGCCCGAGGAAGGUGACUUACCACAGCCCCCAGACUGCCCAGCAUGCCUCCUGACACUGCAUCCUCAUCUCCCCGGCCAUUUCCGCCUUCAUAUGACCAUUAGUCACCAAACCCUGCAGGAUUUUCGGAGUCUUGGCCUGUUUACCUGACCCUCCUAUGAUAGUGCCUGGCAGAGCGUCUAGACACUUCUAUGUCCUCUUUUUCCCACUCCACCAUCAAGGUCAUUUCAACGUGAAGAUACUUGCUCUGCCAAUGAGGGGUUCUGUUCUUUCCUUCCCUUGAGCCCUUUGCUUUGAGCCCUUUGCUUCAGCCCUUCACUCAGCACCCUGCUUAAAUGCCAAGCUGCAAACCUUGACAUCACACUUCCACCUGUCAGGAGUGGCUUCUGGGGCUUCUCUCUUCCUUGGAUGCCCCGCCCCCAUUCAUCCCCAUUAUAUUAGGUUCAUCCCUCCCCUGUGCCCUACAGUGCUUUGUUCAGACCCCCAGCCCCACCCCGCCCCAGCUUCUCCCUGGUAGAAGUCAUGUUAUACAGUUAUGUCCCACUAGACUGGGCUCCUUGUUUGCAUAGUAGGUGGCAUAACUCAUGGAACCGAGAUGGGCUCUGAAGCCUCCGUGGUCUUCCUGUGUCUUCUGGGAGUACCUUAAUCAUGCGCACUCACUCUCACUCAGCCUGGGGAGGGGCUUUCUAUGGGGAAGUGAACCCACUCCCCCAUCUGGAGUAUCCCCGAUAACCACUGGAUAUUCCCAACCUGGGCUCAUCCCUUCUUCAGCCAGAUGGUUGCCAGGGCUCAUUCCCUUUUGCUGUGGGAUCUAUCUACUCUAGAGCUAUGCCUUCCCUCUGGGGUCCUUGCUCCUCCUGUCUUUCAGGCUUGUCUUCUGGGCCAAGGGCCUUUAUUCCUUCUGCUCUUUCCUUGCAGAGGUUCAGGGAGGGAGAACUGGGCUAGAACAGACCCAAACAGUCAGUUUGAGCCCUGCCUGAGGCAUUCCUGAGUAAGGCCCGUCACUAUUCUCAAGGGAUGUGUGGGCUGACUGGGCUCCAGGUAACCUGGACUGGACUCUAAAUCCAGUGCUCCUUUCAAAGGACCUCACUUGCAUCUCCUGUCUUGAGAGGAAGGGACAGACAGUUUGGGGACUGGGGCACUGGAGCAAGGCUGACAGAGAAGUGCUCUGUGGUCUGCUUGCCUGUGCUGUGUUCUCGUACCAGCUUUCUCUGGCACUUGGACCCGUCUCUGUCGCAGUCCUUCACAUUUCUCCAGGCCCUUCUGUGGUUCCCACCGUCUCCCCACUAGAACUCACUUGAGAAUGCUGGAAUUCCCCAGGGAGUAACAUCUGCCUUGUGCUGUGCACCACUGUGUCGAGUGCACGUGUGUCUUGCUCACUAAGAACCCUCAUCACCCAAGAAGAGCAUCCGCUCGCUCUGCAGUCCUGAGCCGCCUCUACAUAGAUGUUUAUCAGUGUCUAGUCUCUGCUCCCUCACCUGCCAGCUGUGUGCCCCGACUCGUUCCUUCCCACAAUGAGCCUCACAUUUCACCCUCAUUUGUUAAAACAUUAGACCACACUGCUGUAACAUACUUUGCAGAUACUGAAUUCUAUGGCCUUGUGUGUGGGAGGAGAGGGAACUGGGUCUGGCUGCUCAGUAGAGCUCCACAUGCCCGCAAAGCUUUGGGCAUAAUGGGUCUAGCAAAGGGGCAGAGAUGGGCCCAUCUGCUGAGGCAGGCACUGCGGCGAGUGACCUGGUCAGUGCUGGCUGGGGUCAGGCUCCCGGGUGAACGCGUCGGCUGCCUCAGUCUUUUCACAGAGCCCUCAGAGCCCCUGCCUGAGGAACCCAAGCUUGAGGGGAUGGCCUUCCACCACUGCCACAAGGACCCCAUGCCUCAGUCAGGCCUCUCUCCAGAGAGGGUGCAGGCCCGGAGGCAGCUGUAUGCCGCCUGCGCUGUGUGCUUCAUCUUCAUGGCCGGGGAGGUGGUUGGUGGGUAUUUAGCACACAGCUUGGCCAUCAUGACUGACGCCGCCCACUUGCUGGCAGACAUAGGCAGCAUGAUGGCCAGCCUCUUCUCCCUCUGGCUUUCCACUCGGCCAGCCACCCGUACCAUGACCUUUGGCUGGCACCGCUCAGAGACUCUGGGAGCUUUGGCCUCUGUGGUCUCCCUCUGGAUAGUCACCGGCAUCCUCCUGUACCUGGCCUUCCUCCGCCUGCUUCACAGUGACUAUCACAUUGAGGCGGGUGCCAUGCUGCUGACUGCCAGCAUCGCUGUCUGUGCCAAUCUGCUAAUGGCCUUUGUGCUGCACCAGACUGGAGCCCCCCACAGCCAUGGAUCUACGGGUGCAGAGUAUGCACCUCUAGAGGAGGGGCAUGGAUACCCAAUGUCCCUGGGAAACACGAGUGUCCGGGCUGCCUUUGUGCAUGUGCUGGGAGAUCUCCUUCAGAGCUUUGGGGUCCUGGCCGCCUCGAUCCUCAUCUACUUCAAGCCUCAGUACAAGGUAGCUGACCCCAUCAGCACCUUCCUCUUCUCCGUCUGUGCCCUUGGGUCCACAGCUCCUACACUUCGAGAUGUUCUCCUUGUCCUCAUGGAAGGCGCCCCUCGGAGCGUGGAAUUUGAACCCGUAAGGGACACCUUGUUGUCAGUGCCGGGAGUCCGAGCGACCCAUGAUCUCCACCUGUGGGCCCUGACGCUUACUUACCACGUUGCCUCUGCACACCUGGCUAUUGACCCCACAGCUGACCCUGAAGCUGUCCUGGCAGAGGCCUCAUCCCGGCUCUAUUCCCGGUUUGGAUUCUCCAGCUGCACCCUGCAGGUGGAGCAAUACCAGCCUGAGAUGGCCCAGUGUCUGCGCUGCCAGGAGCCCUCUCGAGCCUGAGCCUCGGCCCCACCCUCGCCCCACUGCCAGGCCCAGGCUCGCGCCUGGACUCUCAGCACCUGCCUCCCAAAUCAGAAGGGACCUCUCUCUCUCCAUCUUCCACCUGCCAAUGCCCUAGUGGUCAAGACCAAAAUGUGUAUGAAGGCAAUGGGAGGGAGGGGAGGCUCAGAUUGAAUAGCUGUAAGCAGUUCGGGGGUGUGGGGCGUGUGGAAGUCCUGCCAUCUGUGCUCCACAUGGGGAGUCAUGCUUGUCCCUCUACGAUUCAUGUGUCCCUGUGGCAGGCUGGCUGGCUAGCUGGGGACAUCUGCCUGUCUGUGUGCCGUUCGUGUGUGCCUAUGCCUGGGGAGGUCAUCAGGGGCCCCCUCCCCACGUGACCCUUGCUCUGUCUAUGCAGCGGCCCCAAAGCCUGCACUUUGUUUCUGUGCCCUAGUCCUGUGGUUUUGUCUGUUGUGAAUGUGUGUUCUUUGGUGCUGUGGCCUGUGUGUCCCUGUGCCUGUGUAGCUGUGCUGGUCUAUGAGUCUGCUCCACCUGUGUGUCCACAUGGGAUCUGUCUGUCCAUCCCUGUGUCGGUGCUGUGUCCUCGGCUUUCCCCAAGGGAGAGGGAGGACUCCACUGCAGCUCCACAAAUAAAAACUUGGAUCUAACAGUAUUUCUUCAAUCCGACUCCUCAGAGGUGGGAUCCACAGUGACCCCACAGCCCUUCUGGCCCUUCGCCCUUGUCCUCUGUCCCUGUCCACGGAUAGAUUCAGACAGGGGCUGAUAGCCACCAGCCAUCCCCAGGUUUUCUAGCCCUGGCUCGUGACUCAGAGAAGUCCCUGUGUGAGCAGAGCAGGAGUGCAGGCGGUGAUCCAGGAGAACCAUUCCUACUUAAACCCUCCAGCAGGCCAGGGACAUCCCUGUUGGUGGGUACCUGCACCCUCUGGCCAAAGGGGCUACAGGACUGAUGUGGGCUUGGUCCUUGUGCUGUGUCAGCAGGGCCUGGAAGGGCAACAAGACCUUUGUCUGGUGUGAGCUGGGCGUGAAGCAUGAAUAUCAGGGUUUUAUUUUUAAACAUUUAUCUUCCUAUCUUAAAACCGUAUACUUCAUCAGAUUCUUCUCUUCUCUCUCAAGUCAGGGCUUCUCUGUAGCCCUGGCUGUCCCAGAACUUAUU